UAUCAUAAUGGCUAAUUAAGAUAUAAUUUUGUACAACUGCUAUAAUAUGUUAUUUAUCUUAAUGACUCAAAUGUACUUUCCUGUAAUAAAAUGAAAUAAAAUAAAAAUAACUAUGGUAGGUAGCAUAUUACACGCAUACAGUGUUUUGGUAGAUACCAUUUUAUGGGUAGGUAGCAUAUUAGACGAGUACCGAAAACAAUACCAAUCGAAUAAUUGUUUUUGCAUCUCCAGAAGGAAUGUUAGAGUUAUCAAAAUCAGUCAAGUGGUGUAUGGAUGGAACAUUUUUUACUUGUCCUAAAGAAUUUUAUCAAAAGUAUGUUGUCUGAGUUGAAAUUAAAAACUAUAAGUAUUGACUUUGAACAAUCCAUGAUUCAAGCUAUUGAAUUAGUAUUUGUUGACGUUAAUAUUCAAUGUUGUUAUUAUCAUCUUUCUCAAAGUAUUUGGCGUAAAGUUCAAAACAUAGGAUUAGCUACAAAAUAUAAGGAAAAUGAAAAUGUUCAUCAAAUAGUUGGCAUGUUGAAAGGUUUAGCUUUAUUGCCUCUGAAAUAUGUUAAGAAAGGUAUGUCUGUGCUGUAUGAUUUAUCAAAUGACCUCAAUGAUCCAAAUAUUGAUGAACUAUUGUUGUACUUUGAUAGAACAUAUUAUGUCAAUGGAACUUACAAGAGACUACUACAAAAUCAAAUGGUUUGUCAUUAUGGCGGUCUUCACCGAUAUUUCCACCUUAAUUAUGGAAUGUACAUAAUGCUACAAAGAUAAAUACAGGUAGAACAAAUAAUUUAAGUGAAGGUUUCAAUAAUAAAUUUAAAAGUUUGAUAAGAACUCAGCAUCCAAAUAUUUGGAUGUUUAUUGAAGCACUUCAGAGAUCAAAUUCACUAGUAAAUAUUAAAUUAUUAAAUAUUCAAACGGGUACAGUUUUUACAAAAAAAAAGAAUAAAUAUGAAAAAAGACUAUAACCAAUGAAUCAGAAAUAAAGAAUUUUUUACAAACUGUAUCAUUUUUAUGUCAAAAUUUUUAGUUAUUAAUUAUAUUUUGUUUAUACAAUCUUUUUUUAUUUUUAUGUCGGAUUUUUUGGCCAGUUGUAUUGUACUAUAUUAUAUUAUUUAGACAAUCUAUUCAAAAUUAUAUCUUUACUUAACUUGUUUUAAAUAUU